AUGACAGCAGAGCUUCUCCUUAUGCCAGAUGGCGAAUUUACUGUGGGAAUGGAGUUCAGUUCUAGGGAGGUAGUAAUUAAGGCGAUGAAAGAUUAUACAAUCCGCAGAGGUGUAGAUUAUCGGGUGUAUGAGUCAGAACCGACGACAUUCUAUGCUAAAUGCACCCAGUAUGGUGCAGGAUGUGAUUGGCUGAUCAGGGUGACCAAAAUGUCCAGAAAGUUCUGCUGGGAGAUAAGGAGGUACAAUGGAAGUCACACCUGUACUAGGGUCACCAUUUCUCAAGAUCAUUCGAAGCUGGAUUCCAACACAGUUGCAGAAGCAAUAAAGUCAUUGGUAGAAGUUGACCCGUCUAUAAGGGUGAAAUCAGUGAUUGCGGAAGUACAGGCAAAGUUUAACUACACCAUAAGUUAUCGCAAAGCAUGGUUGGCAAAACAGAAGGCAGUGGAGUCAAUUUUCGGUCGGUGGGAAGCUUCGUACGAAGCCUUGCCGAUAUGGUUUGAGGCUAUGUGUCACAAGGAGCCAUCCGCAGUCGUUCAUUUUGAAACGAUGCCUGCGUAUCAGGGAGAUGACUUGGUUCCUAAUAUUCGUGUACUACACCGAGUCUUCUGGAGUUAUUACCCUUGUAUUAGAGCAUUCAGACAUUGCAAGCCAAUAGUGCAGGUAGACGGAACUCAUUUGUAUGGAAAGUACAAGGGUUGUUUGUUGGUUGCAGUCUCACAGGAUGGCAACAACAACAUCGUACCGAUUGCAUUUGCGAUAGUUGAGGGAGAGACAUCUGAGACUUGGUACUUUUUUCUGAGUAACCUGAGACAGCAUGUUGUGACACGUGAUGGUGUCGGCCUUAUCUCCGAUCGGCACGAUUCCAUUAGAGCUGCUAUUGCUCGUAGUAAUGGAGCUUGGUCUCCUCCAAGAGCAUUCCACAUGUUCUGUAUCAGACACAUAGAGUCCAACUUUCUCAGGAAAUUCAAGGCUCCGUAUCUGCAGAAACUAAUCGUCAACAUCGUUUGCGAGUACGAGACACGUUAUCAGUGUUUACGCGAGCGGGGUGAGGCUUAUACCAACUGGUUGGAUCGGAUUCCGCUUGAGCAGUAUGCGUUAGCGUUUGAUGGGGGAUAUCGAUGGGGUCACAUGACAACCAAUCUAGUGGAAUGCAUCAACUCGGUUCUGAAAGGGGCUCGCAAUCUUCCAGUCACGGCACUUGUUAAGGCAACGUUUUACAGGCUUAAUGAGUUGUUCACCCGGAAAAGAGCCGAGGCCGAGGCUCGAAUUAACGCAGGACAUGUGUUCUCUGAGCUUGUAACCUCCAAAUUGCAUGCGAAUCAGCGGGUAGCAUGUAACAUCCAAGUUAGUUGCUUUGACCGACAGAACGAGGUAUUCGAAGUGCGUGAGUGUCCCAGUGGUGUGGAGUAUACAGUGGACCUCCGUCGUCAACGGUGUGACUGUGGUGAAUUCCAAGUGGACCGGGUUCCGUGUCGACAUGUGUUUGCUUGUUGUGCAAACCAACGGCUGGAUUGGCAACUGUAUGUGCAUGAUGUCUACAAGAUGGAACAGGUUCGACGAGUGUAUAGGGCUAGGUUUAGGCCCCUCGGGAAUUCCACAACAUGGCCUGUUUAUCAUGGACCUCGAUUCGUAGGUGAUGUAAGCAGUGCGGGGCCGAGGGCCACAGUCGUAGUAGAUGUUGUCAACGUGGUGGUGCAGGUAAUCCGGAUGCGACAACCCAAUAGGGCUCCAGUUAUAGUGUGA